AACAAAACUUCAUCUUUGACAUACUACUUCCCUGUUUCACAGUUCUGCUCUACUUCAUCCAUUCAUCGUAUUUACAUUCAUUAAAUGUUUAACUAGAGUUAGGCAACACGAGAUAGAUGACCUACCUACUUGCCAGUAUUGUUAAGACGCUACUCUUUGGCAAGACUAUGCACUUUCAAGGAAGGAAACCUGCUGGACAAGAUGUUUGAGAUGGAGCAGAUGCAUGACGGGAGGUUUAACAGCCGUUGAGACUUUUUUAAGCCCUGGGAGGAUUUAGUGUUCUGGGUUUACUCUGCAGUCAUCAUCCAAAAGACCCUGUAGUAAUUGAAACACAAUGGAAUUUGCUUGUGGGUUUGUUUAUGUGCCGCCAUCACUGAGCGAGAAAAAUAGCCAACAAUCCAACGCCUUUAAACGCUCAGCUCUCCUUCCUCCCGUUAAUUGGAGUCGUCCUCGCUCUCCUCCCCCUCCUCCUCCUCCUCCUCCUCCACUUCCAACGCAGUCUGCAAAAGCAAAAGUAAAGCAGCCUCCAGCUCCUUUUCCCAAGACAGCUCUUCUUCCACCACAUAUGAGACCUGCAGCGGGUAGCCUGUCCCCUUCUCACAAACACCCAGCUGCUCUCUGCAGCUCCGAUGAUCGGACAUUUAUCUGCAAUCAAUCAAAAAAAGAAUCUGAUCUAAAUACACGUCCCCGGGAGACACCAGAAGGCUCAGACGGUGAGGUGAAGCUGCCAGCUGAUACACACAUUAGGUCAACACCAGCUCCACCCCUCCCUCCAAGGCCUUCAUUUAUGACAUGGAUGCCAGAGUACCUGGAGCUGAUACCCUCCUCAUCUUCCUCGUCCAGUUCUCCUGUAGCCUCGCCACGUGUCCCUUCACCUACAAAUAAAGGAUCAGCAGAUAAAGGACCUCUGCCAGGAAAUCCCAAUGUGGUUCUUGUCAGUUUAGGAAAAUUGCUUUCAGAAGAAAGAGUGCAACCCACACAAGGGGAACCCACCUCCUGCUCCCAGUGCCGCUCUGUAUUGGACACCUGUUAUGGCAACGUGGUGAAUGCAUGCUACUUCUGUGAAUCACUGGAUUCGACCAGCUCUCCCAGUGUCCGGCGGCCUCUAAAUGGUCUUCAGGAUAGCAUCUUUCCUCUCAAAUCUGAGAAAGGACCACUGUGUGCUGCAGAUGCCCUGCUGCUGCUCUGCAUCGACGUCUCAGGCUCCAUGAGCAUCACCUCCCAGGUGUUGGAGGGAGGGCGCAUCGUCCACAAAUCCAGGCUGCAGUUUGUCCAAGAGGCCGUGUUACAGUGCAUUCAGGAGCUGGGUGACCAGCAGUGUAACACACGAGUAGGUCUGAUCACCUUCAACCACCAGGUGACAGUCCACGGAUAUGAGAAUGCCCCAUCACAUCUCCUGAGUGAUGCAGAGUUGAUUGAAAGCGACUAUUUGAAAGCGGCUGGAGUCAGUUUACCCAGUACACCUCCUCUUUCUCAGACCAAAGACUGCUUACAGAGACAAGUGUUGGGAUUAUCUGCAAAUGGAGCCACAGCUCUGGGUCCAGCUGCUCUGCUUGCAAUUGCGAUGGCCUCCAGACAAUCAGGCUCCAAGGUGAUUAUCUGUACAGAUGGGAAAGCCAACACAGAGUUGGGAAAUCUAGAAGAGGAGGACAAUGAUGCUCGUACCCUCCUUUCAUCCACAAUCUUCUACCAGGAACUGGGGGAGUAUGCUGCUGAUCAAGGUGUGACCGUUUCUGUGAUGUCCAUAGAGGGAACGGACUGCAGGCUGGAUGAGCUGGGAAGACUUGCAGAUCGUACUGGAGGGAAAGUGGUGAUAGCCAGUCCCAGCAGGUUGCACGCAGAGUUCGAGCACAUUAUUCAAAACAGGACUAUUGCUACACACUGCACAGUAACAUUACUGCUGCCCAAGUCACUGCAUGUGAAAGGAGAGAAGGAGGCAGGACACAAAGGGACCAGAGAGGUGGGGAAUGUGAACCCAGACACAGAAAUUACCUUUCAGUUUGGAGCCAGUGAAGAAAACACAGAAGUUCCAGCACCAGCUCCUGGCAGCCGUGUUACCAUCCAGCUGCAGAUUAGAUACAAGCGGAGGAAUGGACAGAUGAUGCUCCGAGUGUUAACUGCAGAUCUAGAGGUUACUAAUGACAGCUCCGCUGCCCUGUCUUCUCUGUCUCUGGCCAUCAUUCAGCUCAACUCGUCACAGGCCAGCGCCGCUCUGGCCGUCAGAGGCCGCUUCCUCGACGCCAUGAAGGAAGGAGAAAUGCAGCUGAAGCUCAUUGAGAGGGGAAUAGAGCAUAACUGCAGUAAAGAGGACGCAGAGACAUUCCAGGAAUGGGUUAAAACCAUGGAGCCAAUAUACAACAAUGUCCACGACUUCACACGGAGAAGGUCUGUCACUUCAGAUUCUCAGCCUCUAACAGACGCUGGUGCAGCACUGCUCUACACCAUGAAGCACAGCAACAGGAAGUCCAUUUCACUGAAGAAGAAGCAUCGGCUUUAGCCUGGAGUCUCUUUUUACAUCUGAGCAAUAUUGCAGCUGAACUCUGAUUAUCUGUCUGAAGAAAUAAGCCUGAAAUAUUUCACUGUACGACAUAUAUUUAGAUGUAUCCAAAUAAAAUUGUCAUAUUCAGACUACUAUUUGAUUGAAUAAAUGGUAAACGAAGUUAAAUAUAUGAUGCUGUCUCUGUGAAAAAGUAUUUGUUUGUUUGUGGUUCCAUGGACCAAAAAAAAAAAGAUUCAGUAAACUAUAAUCUAGUUAACACAUAAACCAGAUUCUGUGGUGUCAAAAUAAUGGUCUCACAGCAAAACCUGACUGCUUAUC